AUGGUGACAUAUGGUGGAGACGAAGUCAAUGCGUUGGUAAUGGAUGUGGGAUCCACCACCACACGCGCUGGCUAUGCAGGCGAAGAUACACCCAAAGCAGUCUUCCCUACGUGCUACGGAUAUCUGGAAGAACCUGAUGUAGAUCCUUCUUCCCAAACCAAACCCACCGACGGCGAUAUCACCAUGACCGAAGCAGCAGCAAGCGAGAGCUCCGAUCCGAGAGUCAAAAAAUCAUACUUUAUCGGUGACACGAAAAUCAACACAUGGCGAGCGAACAUGGAAGUGAAGAAUCCCAUGGAAGACGGUCUAGUCACCGAUUGGGAUGCCAUGGAGCAGAUUUGGAAUGCGACUUUCCACAGUAUGAUGCGCGUCAACCCAACCGAACACCCUUUACUGUGUACAGAACCCGCUUGGAACACCACUGACAAGCGUGAAAAACUGGUAGAAUUAGCAUUUGAAAAGUUUGAUUUCCCUGCAUUCUACUUGGCUAAAGAUGCUGUCAUGACUGCAUUUUCGGUGGGAAGAGCAACGGCACUGGUACUUGAUGCUGGAGGCAGUUUAACGAGCGCCGUACCUGUGUAUGACGGUUAUGUCCUGAAGAAGGGUAUUCUGCGACAACCUAUUGGUGGUGAUCUACUGACGAGAGAGAUCCUGCAACAGCUCAAGACCGAAUAUCAAUAUGAUGUGACUCCUCACUACAAAAUUGCGAGCAAGAAACAUGUGGACAGCGGCCAAGCGCCCGAGGUACAGCUGCGCGAUCGUCCCGGCACCACGCAAAGCUACCACGAUUAUCAAGUUUCUCGCGUCAUUCACGAAUACAAGGAAUCCGUUUGUCAAGUAUCGGAAGUAUCUUUCGAUGAAGGCAUUGUCGCUUCGCGUCCACAGAAACCUUUCGAGUUCCCUGAUGGCUACAACAACUCGUUCGGUGUGGAACGUUACCGACUUCCGGAAAUCCUUUACCAGCCAAAGAAUUUCGUGCAAAUCCCACAACAGACGGAGGACUUGGGAGACAACGUCAAGAUCCCUUCCGUGGGAUUAACGCAACAGCAAAUCGACAACAGCCUCGGUAUGCACCAAUUGGUGUAUAACAGUAUAUGCAACUGCGAUAUCGAUCUUCGACCUCUUCUCUUCAACAACGUGGUGGUCACUGGCGGCAGUACCUUGUUCCCUGGUUUCAACGAACGUCUCAAUUAUGAAUUGCCUAUGAUGGCACCAGGUAGCAAAAUCAAGAUUCAUGCUGCGGGUAAUCAAAUGGAGCGUAAAUGCAGCAGUUGGCUGGGAGGUUCGAUUUUGGCAUCGUUGGGCACCUUCCAUCAAUUAUGGAUCUCCAAGAAAGAAUACGAAGAAGUUGGCGCCUCCAUUGUAGAAACCAAAUGCCAGUAA